AAAAAAAACAAAAACCUAUGAUCAUCAGUUAUUUUCUGAACACUGUACAAUAGAUAAAAACCCUCCGCCGGUUGCCAUUCCAGCAACGUUCAUUGAACUAAGUAUCUGCAUAUCGGAUGGCAUCGUCGUUAAUGCCAGCUAAUAAUGAAGAGAAUUCGUUGUCAUGUUAUCAUCAGCGCUAAAUGUUCCACCGUUCAUCCUUUCAGGUCAGAUGGCAGUCAAAUUUUGAGAAUUCGUUGUGAUGUCAUCAUUAGGGUUAACUGUUCAUCGUUCCAGAUCAGAUGGUAGUCAAACUGUGUUUUUUAACAUUUUCUCAACGAUUUGAAAUUUCUUUGCGAAUUCCGUCAGUUUGUUUGCAGAGAAAGCUUUGCAGAAGACUUGACUGGUCGAGAAGUUCAAUGCUUCCGUGAUUCAGUUCAAGAUUCAAAGUAUCCUGUGCAAUCGUUAAUAACAAGAUAUAUCGAAUAUUUUAAACUAAUAGUCGGUUUAGUAAGCGAUUGGAUUUAUUAACAAUUGUUGCAAACUCAAAAGCAAUUCUAAAGACUAUGAAAAGACGCAACUAUUCUUGCAGAUGCCUACAUGCUUAUUGUAUUCCAAAAUCCUCUAUUCAACCAUCAGACUUGUCAUUCCUGCAAUAUGUUAGCAAUGUUCAUUGAAUUAAGUAUCUGCGUACCGUAGAAGGUGAGGAAAGAAAACAGUCUCAGCAAAACAUGAAUUAAUUAUCAAAUGAAAAAUUGUCAGAUAUUUUUUUUUAAAUUUUUGUGAAGCAAUCAAUAAAUCUGUAUCCAAUUAUUGUUUGUUUGGAUAUCUCGGAAAUAACAAUCAUCGGUCAUAUAGCCAUAGAAUAUAUUUUUAAAACUAGAUAUAUAAUUUUUUUACGUGCAUUAAACAAAUUUGUAAUAAUUUCGUAAAUAAUUAAAUUGAAGGAGGAACGGGAAACGGGGAAAAACUAUGCCUACACAGCGUCCAUUUGGUCGAGACAAAAAGCCACCCUUUGUCGUUGGCAAUCAUAGUUCGCAUGCAAAUCGAUCGGGAACGAGUCUAACCAAUAUACAUUUAAAUUUAGCGGAAGGUUGUCCGGCGCAACCAUGCAAAUUGCCAUUUUGGUGGUCCGCAGUCCCGCAAGCAAAGAAAGGUUCCAAAGGUCGACAAGAACCACCGCCUCCUGAUCCUUAUAAGAACGUUAUGUAUGACAAAAGGGUAGUCAAAGGUCCUAAUUACGGGGCGAAUUCACUUUUAGUGGAUUAUGAACCACGGAAUAAAUUCAAGGAAGCAAGGAGAUGUUUGACGCUACGCAAUAACUCGUGUUGCCAGAAAAAUUUACGAAAUAUUUUAGGAACACCGCCCCCUGUGCGCGGCCGACGUCAUGAAAUUAUGCAGACCGAUAAAUAUUUAGAGGAAUUGGUAUUAAAUACGCCCGAGUUUGAUGCCGAAACUCAAACAGAUUUGUUUCUUGAGAAACCAGCUGAACCACCUUACACACCGGCAAAAAUUGGGAUAGAUGUCGGAACGGAAAUUGGCGAGGGAGAACUCUUCCACUUCGAUGCGGAAGCUCAACCAAUUAUUGAAGUCAUGGUCGACGGCGCAAUCGAGAUGACGGUAUUAGAAAUAUCUCAUGAACGCGAAAUCGAAACUAUACGCAGACGACAAGAUGAAUUGCUUGCUCAACGUGAAGCCGAGUUGGCGGAAUUGCGUCGACUGGAAGACGAAGAAAUACGUCUAAGGGCUGAAAAGGAAAGACGAAUACGACAAGAUGCCAUUGCCAAGUCAAUGGACGAUGAAAUCCAAAAGGAAGUUAUCGCCGCGAAAAUAUUGCAAGGACACAUUGCUAGCAUACUUCCAGAAAUUUUGGAUAAUCUUGAACCAGCCACCGAUGCAACCAAGCGGCAAAAACUUAUUGACAGCCUUUGCCCGUGGUUGGCGACCGGCGUCUCCGAGGAAGUUGGCCAAAUUGUCGACUGCCGCGAAGUUCUUAAAAUUCUUAUUAAGGAGAUUGUCAAACAGAGGGCCGAAAUAUACGCUGGCUAUCGCGAAGAGGGAAGAAAAAUGGAAGUAUGCUACGAAGGCGCGCAUGAAGAAUGCGAAUUGGAAUUGUGCAAGGAAGAAUCUGAAACCGACGAUGGUUGUCCCCCCGGAACGUGAUGUCUAUGCCCUUUACUUCGCAAUUUCGUUAGAAAGUUUUUCGCUUUUUUGUUUCUUCGGUUUUCUAAGCACAGUGAAAUUAGUGCAAACUGUUAAUGAUUUUUGCUCGAAAACGUAACUUUGUUUGCGUACUAACCAAAAAUCGAUAAGAAUCAUUCAUUACGAAUUCCUAGAAGAAAUAGCAAUAAAUGAUUUUUAUUUUAUUUUCUUUUUCGUGGUUAGUACGCAAACAAAGUAACAAUCGUUUCCAUUGUAAAUAUGAUAAAAACGUAUACAAAAAAAAAUCAUUUGUCGUUUAUCCUCCUCCUAUGUCCUAUUUACAGUCAAGGGAUUUUUGUUUCUAACGGAAACAAAGUCAAUUCUAUUUGGGUCGAACUAUUCCAUCUUGUUUAUGUAUAUAUGAUGGAUGCUAUUUAUCAGAUAUGAAGCGAGCUUUUACCAACAAAUAAGUUCUCUGAAAUAUUCGUAA